AGAAACACACAACACAAGACAUUCAUUCUUAAUUUUUAUCUUUAUACUAAUGUCAUCAACAGGAGAAGCACCCAUCCAUGGGGACAUCUUAGAGGCCAUAUUCUCGCACGUGCCACUCAUCCACCUUGUGCCCGUCUCUCACGUGUCAAAUUCCUGGAAGCGUGCGGUCUCCUCCUCCCUCGCUCACGUCAGACCCAUCAAGCCAUGGCUCAUAGUCCUCACCCAGAGCCUCCGCCACUCGCACGUGACAACUCUCCACGCCUACGACCCCCGCUCGCACGUGUGGCUCCAAAUAAAAAACACCGCACGUUCCCACGCUUCCCCCGUGCGAUCCUCCCACUCGACGCUGUUCUACGCGCUCACCCCAUCCGAGUUCAGCUUCUCCCUCGACGCGCUGCACCUGAAAUGGCACUACGCGCCCUCCCCGCGCGUGUGGCGCACCAAUCCCGUGGUUGCGCGCGUGGGAUCGCGCGUGGUGGUGGCUGGCGGCGCGUGCGAGUUCGAGGACGAUCCGCUCGCGGUGGAGAUGUACGACGUAAAUAGCCAAGCCUGGGAGGCGUGUCCCUCCAUGCCGGCGCUGCUGAAAAGCUCGACGGCGUCCUCGUGGCUGUCGGUGGCAGUCGCCGGAGAAAUCAUGCACGUGACGGAGAAACACUCCGGAGUGACCUACUCGUUUGAAACUAUUUCAAAAACGUGGAAAGGACCGUUUAGUUUGAGGCCUCAUGAGAGUGUUUUCCACUGUGUCACCGGAACCCUAGGAGAGAGGUUGAUGGUGGCGGGGCUGAUAGGGAAAGUUGGGAACGUGAAAGGCGUGAAGCUGUGGGAGGUUCGGGUUCGGGGGGGAUUAGGUUCGGGGAUGGAGGAAGUGGGGGAGAUGCCGAAGGAGAUGGUUCGGAAGCUAUUCAGUGGUUCGGAGUUAGGUUCGGUGGAGGUGACGUGGAUUGGGGACUUUGUUUACGUGAGGAACACUUCCGAACCGGAGGAGCUGGUGUUGUGUGAAGUAUUGAAUCAUUUGAAUGGGGUUGGGUGCGAGUGGCGGAGUGUACGGAACGCCGCCGUUAGAUGCGGUGCGAGGAUGGUGUUUUGCGGCGGUAGUGUGUGCAUGGAGGAUCUGCAGAGGGCGGUGAUGUCGGAGAAUCCGACAUUUUCCAUGAAACAUGUGUGAAUUGAUAAUAAAAAAAAGUGUAACCAAUGGGUUGCGAUGAAUAACCCUCGUGGUACUUUUUUGUUAUUAUUAUUAAAAGAAAUGCUUUUCUUUGUGGGAUUGAGAUGUAUGGUAUGAUUGGAAUAAUUUUCGUUGCAUUGGCAAACAAGCUUUUCGAUUUUUUUUUAA